AAGGCGGAACGAGAGAACAUCGAUACCUCCGCAAAGAUCAUUCGUCGGGUAUCUUCCUUAAAACUGGGUUGGCAUGGCAACUGCGGACUGGAAUCCGCUUGGCGAUGUUUAUUUCAAAAAAAAUGAGCUCUAUGCCAUGGGAUGGAGUGAUGUUAUUGACCUUGAUAAGUUUACUGUUGCUUCAGCCCCCUACGGAGGACCAAUCGCUCUGUACCGAGAUGACUCGAAGACGGCACGCGUCCAAGUGUCCACCAAACCUAUCAUAACGGUCUUCACAGCUGCUGGUAACCAAAUCAGUCAGAUGAGGUGGAGCAGUGGUCAAGUGGUCAAGAUGGGGUGGUCAAACACGGAGGAUCUGCUUUGUGUUCAGGAUGAUGGCAUGGUUCUGUCCUACGACAUGUUCCUCAAUUUCAAACGCAUGUUUGGCAUGGGACAGGAAGCCAAGGACGUGAAGGUGUUAGAUUGUGAGAUAUUUAACAGUUUCCAGGGGACAGGGAUCGCCGUGCUGACCAGCACCUUCCGUAUCUUCAUCAUUAACAGUGUGGAUGACCCCAGGAUACGGAGACUGGCUGAGGUCCCAGGUUUACAAACAGCUCCUAGUAGCUGGGCUGUUCUAAAUCUUGAUCGACAGUCCCGAGCGUUGGUCGCGAAGGGUCACGAGCUGUUCCUGAUUGACCACGGGGGUCAAUAUCAAAAUCAGACACCACAAACAAGCACAGAGGUCAAAGAGUACAUACAAAUGGCACUGUCCUUCAACAACAAGUUCCUAGCUCUGUAUACCGACACUGGUGUUAUCCUCAUCUGUUCCUCAGAUUUACAGAAAGUUUACUGUGAAUUUAACACCAAGACAGAAACUUGCCCUCGCCAGUUGAUGUGGUGUGGGAUCGGAGCAGUGGUGGCUCUGUGGGGUACCCUGAUGGUGGUUGUGGGGCCUCAGAAAGACUGGAUACGAUAUAACUUUGAGUCACCAGUCCACUUAGUACAAGAGAUGGACGGCACCAGAAUCAUCGGCAAUUACCAGCAUGAGUUCCUCCACAAAGUACCGGAGGUGACAGAGCACAUAUUUAAGAUAGGAUCUAUGGAGCCGGGGGCAAUGUUGUAUGAAGCAUCUCGAGAAUUUCAUAAAGGAUCCCAGAAAGCUGAUGAGUACAUCCGUAUGAUCAAAGACAAGCUCGAAGUCGCUGUAAACCAGUGUAUAGAAGCCGCAGGGUUUGAGAUAGAAACUGACAAACAGAAAGCUUUACUACGGGCGGCGACGUUUGGGAAGUGUUUUCUCACGGACUACAGCCCCGAGACGUUUGUCAAUAUGUGUCAGAUGUUACGUGUCAUUAACCAAGUCCGCCAUCACAAGAUCGGAAUCCCCAUCACUUACACACAAUUGGAGCAUCUCUCUAUGGCUGUAAUGAUUGAUAGGUUAGUUCUCAGGAAGAUGUUUCACCUCGCCAUCAAAAUAUGUCAGUAUCUCAAGAUCCCGGACCAGGAGGGAGCUAGUCGAAUUCUGGCUCAUUGGGCCUGUUACAAGGUAAAACAGAAGAAUGAAGAUGAUGAGACAAUAGCUCGAGCCAUCGCUCAGAAACUUGGUGAUACCCCUGGUGUGUCGUACUGUGAUAUCGCUAGUCAAGCUCUGGAAUGCGGCCGAACAGACUUGGCCAUUAGGUUGUUGGACUUUGAGCCCCGAGCAGCCCAACAGGUUCCCCUCCUUAUGAAGAUGAGCAAAGACCAGCUGGCUUUAUCUAAGGCCAUAGAGAGUGGGGACACUGACCUUGUUUACACAGUGCUUCUGAAGCUCAAGAAUGAUAUGAAAGAUGGAGAUUUCUUCAUGGCCAUCAGAAACAUGCCCAUAGCCUAUUCUCUCUUUAUACAGUAUUGUCGCCACCAAAAUCCACAGAUGAUGGAGGAUCUAUAUUAUCAGGAGGACAACUUCCUGGAGGAGGCCAACUGUAAGGUGGUCAAGAGUUUUGAUGAUGAAAGACUGGAUGACAGAUGUGAAACAUUAAAACAAGCUAUGAACUGCUACGCUAGAGCUAAGAACGAAUUUGCUGUCAAGCAAACAGAUGAGCAGAUGAAGUUACUGAGGUACCAGCGACGGAUGGAGGAGGAGUUUAACCGUCCUUAUAUGGACCUGUCUCUACACCAGACCAUAUAUAGACUUAUUGUGGAGAACAGUCACAAACCUGCUGAACAGCUACGCAAGGAAUUCAAGGUCCCAGAGAGGAGGUACUGGUGGUUACGGAUGCAUGCCCUUGGACAAGCAGGUGAAUGGGCCGAGUUAGAAAGAUUCUCCAAGUCGAAGAAACCCCCUGUAGGACUAGAGGCAUUUGUAGAAGUGUGUUCCAAACACAAAAAUGUAGCAGAAGCCAUGAAGUAUAUAGCCAGAGUUCAACCAGAUCAGAAGGUCAAAUGCCUGCUGAAGAUUGGUCAGAAGAAAUCUGCUGCGGAGGCUGCGUUUGAGAACCACAGUGAGGACGACCUGAACUUAGUGUUACAGAAAUGUGGAGCUGCUGACAAACAAUUGGUAGAAAAUAUACGCUCAAUGAAACAACAGCUUGGUGGCCGCAGAUAGCAGGGUCUGGGAUGGGGGUCUUAAAGGAACCUGGGGGUGGGGUUUAGGGAGGGGACUGAUGAAAAGACUAGGGGUGGGAAUACAGGUCAGGGACAGAUAACAUAAAUCCUGGUGUAAAGUCAUCUAAAAAAAUUAUCAAAUCAAAACUUUGAAAAAUUAUCUUGUGAAUUUUGAAGAAGUUUCCCGCGCUUUUUUUUUGAGACACAAGCACGUUUUGAAGUCUACAUUUCUACUGAAUAGAUAUGUACCUGGAUGUAUUUCACAUGUCAUUAAAGGAGAUAGGGAAAGUGUGCAAUGAACUCUACUCGAGAAGAUACCGGUAGACGAAAUAUGCUGUACGGAGCGGUUAUCUUGUUACAAGGUACCUACGGUGUUGUAUACAGUGAGAGGAAGCCGACAUUUAUGAAGUCUGUAAACAAUCUUUCCCCGACAGCUAGUCUGAAAUUUACAUAAAUUUCCUUGUAACCUUUUAGACUACAAUCAUAUGUAGUUGUUCAUUUCUAUAAAUCUUAAUUUAGACUUUUCGUUAUCUAUAAGCUGUGAUCUGUUAUAGAAUGCCCUUGGUGUAGACAUAAGCUACUGUGUCUGGUUUUCUAUGUGUUAAGUUGUUUAAGUUACAAUUUGUCAGGAAGAUAGUGUGGGAGUAAUGUAUGUUAAGUGAUGAGAGGAAAGCGAAAAGUAUGUUUUAUGAUUUUUUUUUUUUUGUGUAUGAUGAUUAAAACUAAUAUAUGGAUCCUUCAAAUGUUUCUGUA